AUGUCCAGCGCAGGCGCACAUCUCCGGGCCCUCACGGCGGAAAUGGAACAGUCCGCCCAGGCCGGCGACCUCACCAAACUGCAGAGCCAACUCGCCAGAUGGGAGGCUGGGGUCCCUGAUGAAAAUGUCACACGGGAAGAGCAUCUCGGGAUUGACAUCUCAAUUGCCGAGAUAGAUGAUUGCGCGGAAAUGAGAGACCGCACCGACAUGAGCAAGCCUGUUUACGAACUUCUCACUCGGCUGCUGAUCAAGGCUGCAGAAGGAAACCAGGUGGCUACGGUCAAAUACAUCAUCGAUAAGCGAGGAGUACCUAUUACGCCCAUAAUCGCAAAGAAAGCCAUAAAUUCCGACGCCUUCAAUGUGCUCGAGGUCUUUCUAGAGAAUGGGUGGAACAUCAAUGACCCCAUCCAGGCGAACUUUUGCCCGAUACUAGCGUUUGUGACGCAUAAUGAGAGGCGAACGCGCUGGUGUCUUGAGCAUGGAGCCGAUCCUAAUGCUAGAAAUAAAAGUAGGAACAAAGAUGUGCCCAGCUACGCUGGUAGUUUUGCCUCAGUGUCGACGUUGCGGUUGCUUGCCGCCCAUGGGGCCAACUUCCCGGGCAGCAAUGCCCUGCAACGGGCUGCGGAAGGUGGCAUGAAGGGGCGGAUUGAAUGCCUGCAAUGGCUACUCGACGAGGCAGGCUUCCCCAUCGACCAGUACGAGUUUGGGUGGGAUCCGGCUGUCUUUGAAAAUUGGCGCAUCGGUCUGUUGGGAACGGCGUUGCACUUGGCUAUCUAUGCCAACUCCCCUGAACGUGUGCAGUUUCUGCUGGAGCGAGGGAGCGAUAUCAACCUGCAAGACACGUAUGGCCGUGCCGCACGAGAGUUGCCUCAUGGGCGGCGGAAAGAAGAGGUCCUUGCUAUUCUCGAUGGCUGGGGGAAGCAAUUGACAGGAUUUUAG